UGAAAGUAUUUUCUAUUGAAUGGAGUCCAAGAUAUCUUUAAGAAUGAUCGUAUGCAUCAAUCAAGAGUCAAGACUACACAUUCUAAAGAAGAAAUACGAACUUGCAGUCUCUAAAUAAGUAGAUAUACAUGUAUACACAUUUUGAUUAUAUAUUUGUGUGUAUAUUUUAAUUUAUUACCCACUAUUAGUAUAAGUGAAUGAAACCAUAGCAUCUUUCUUUCCGUUAAAAAACAUGUGGAUAAGAGUGUCUAUAGUCUAUACACUACAUAUAUUGCUCUUUUUAUCCUUGUAUAUAAUUCUUUUCAUACCCCACUAAAACCCUAGGGAUUGGAGUAUAUAUAUAUAUAGGUAUCAUUUCUUGCUCAGCCUCAACCAUAUAUUAUACACUUUUAGUUUUAGGUAACGAGUGGAAAAAAAGAAAAGAAAAAAACUGUUCAUCAUUUAGGUUUUUAUCAUUUUCUGCAACCUACUCGACGAAUUAAGAACUCACUCGAUCUGUCUAAACCCAACGACUUCAAGCUUGCCAGUUUUUCUGUAAUCAAUGGAGAUGAGAUUGAGAGAGGACAUGGGAAUAAAACAAGAAGAUCAGAAGAGUUCUUUGUCAUUGUUGAAGCAACGAUGGAAUAAUCCGAGGAUCGUGCGAGUCUCCCGAGCAUUCGGAGGCAAAGACAGACACAGCAAAGUGUGCACAGUUCGUGGUCUCCGAGACAGGAGGAUAAGGUUGUCGGUGAUGACAGCGAUUCAACUCUACGACCUUCAAGAACGUUUAGGGCUGAGUCAGCCUAGCAAAGUCAUUGAUUGGCUCUUAGAAGUUGCCAAAAACGACGUCGAUUUGCUUCCUCCUUUGCAAUUCCCACCUGGGUUUCCCCAACUUAACCCUAAUCUCACCGGCCUUGGAGAAUCAUUUCCCGGGGUCUUCGAUCUUGGAAGAACCCAGAGAGAAACUUUGGAUCUUGAGAAAAGUAAAUGGGUUAAUCUUGAUCAUGGGUUUGAUCACAGCGAUGAUCUCCAUUUCUCGAAUUCAAUCCAGAGCAACAAGCUUUCUUUCCCUUCUAAUACUUCGUCUAGUAGCUCUUAUCACUACAACCUUGGACAUCUCCAACAGUCACUACUAGACCAAUCUGGUAACGUCACUAUUGCAUUUUCCAAUAACUAUAAUAACAAUAAUCUCAAUCCUCCGGAGGCGGAAACUAUGAGUUCUCUAUUCCCAACAAGGUACCCUUCGUUUCUCGGUGGUGGUCAACUUCAACUCUUUAGUAGCACAAGCUCACAGCCAGACCAUAUCGAGUAGUUCCAGCUGCAGCUUGUUUUUAGACGAUCUUCAACAAGUUGAAGAAUUCAAGUCAUGUGACAUGUAAGGCAUGUACUAUAUGUACAUAGAGAGGGAGAUUUAUAUGGUUUAAUGGUUAUUAUUGUUGGAUUGAUUAAUCGUCACAUGCGUGUAUUUAUAAUACAGUCUUAUUAAA